GACUUAAUCUUCGGUCAAGAAUAGGAUCAAUAGACUUCAUUAUCGGUGGAAAACAUCCUCGGACUGAAUCCGCUAUUUGUAGCCUCCAAAAUCAAAAGAAAAUGACAUUUCGGAAAAUUGUUCUAAAUGGGUGAUGAUACACCUUUCGAAUUUGUCAAAAUUGGACAGGGAAGAAAUCCGCCCAAAUCGGUGCCUAAUGGACUUAUACGUUGUGGAAGAAUAGCCUCAGGCCGAAUUCGUGAUCUGUAGACAUCAAAAUCCAAGGAAAAGGGUUUCAAAAAAAAAAACGCCCCAAAAAAUACAAAAAUAUCAUCCCAAAGUAAAUUGGCCAAAUUCGGUACUUAAUGGACUUAAUCUACGGUCGAUAAUAGUAUCAAUAAACUUCACUGUCGGUGGAUAACAGCCUCAAGCUGAAUCCGGUAUAUGUAGCCUCCAAAAUAAAAAGAAAACGACAUUUCAGAAAAAUCGUAUGAAACUGGUGAUGUUACCCCAUACGAAUCUGCCAAAAAUGUACACGGAAGAAAUCCGACCAAAUCGGUGCCUAAUAGACUUAAUCAUCGUUGAAGAAUAGCCUCAGGCCGAAUAUGUGAUUUUUAGCCAUCAAAAUUAAAAGAAAAUCGCCUUUUUCGUAAAUUUUUGGGCGACGAAAGGCCAUUUUCUUUGGAUAUUGAAGGCUACAGAUCACGAAUUCGGCAUGAGGCUAUUCUUCAACGAUGAUUGAGUCCAUUAAGCACCGAUUUGGGCGGAUUUAUUCCAGGUCAAUUUUUGGCAUAUUCCAACGGGGUACCAUCACAGAUUUCAGGCUAUUUUUCAGAAAUGCCAUUUUCUUUCGAUUCUGGAGGCUACAGAUCACGAAUCCAGGCCGAGGCUAUUCUCCACCGAUAAUGAAGUCUAUUGAUCCUAUUCUCCACGGAUGAUAAGUCCAUUAAGAUCCGAUUUGCUAUUUCCCCGAUCGAGGAUUCUUUAUUGCUGGCCGGGCUUCUGUGCUAGGUGGAAUCACAUCAGUCCCUCCCUGUUGAAGAAGCUUUAUACCCUCAAAGCUUUCCAGGUUGAUAAGUCGAUUAAGCACCGAUUUGGGCCAAUUUAUUUUUGGAUGACCAUUUUCUUUGGAUAUUGAAGGCUACAGAUCACGGAUUUGGCGUGAGGAUAUUUUUCAACAAUAAUUGAAUCCAUUAAGCACCGAUUUGGGGGGAUUUAUUCCGGGUCAAUUUUUGGCAGAUUUCAAAGGGGUACACCAUCACAGAUUUUGGGCGAUUUUUCCAAAAUGCUAUUUUCUUUCGAUUCUGGAGGCUACAGAUCACAGAAUCAGUCGAGGGUAUUCUUCACUGAUAAUGAAGUCUAUUGAUCCUAUUCUCCAUGGAUAAAAAGUCCAUUAAGCACCGAUUUGGGCCAAUUUAUUUUCGGAUGGCAUUUUCGUAAUUUUUUGGGCGAAGAAAGGUCAUUUUCUUUUGAUAUUGAAGGCUACAGAUCACAGAUUUGGCCUGAGGCUAUUCUUCUACAAUGAUUGAGUCCAUUAAGCACCGAAUUGGGCGGAUUUAUUCCUGGUCAAUUUUUUGCAGAAUCCAAAGGGGUACCAUCACAGUUUAUGGGCGAUUUUUCCGAAAUGCCAUUUUCUUUCCAAUCUGAAGGGUACAAAUCACGGAAUCAGGUCGAGGCUAUUCUCCACCGAUAAUGAAGUCUAUUGAUCAUAUUCUCCACGGAUGAUAAGUCCAUUAAUCACCAAUUUGUGCCAAUAUAUUUUCGGAAGAUAUUUUCGUAAUUUUUUGGGCGAGAAAAUGCCAUUUUCUUUUGAUAAUGAAGGCUACAGAUCACAGAUUCGGCCUGAGACUAUUCUUCAACGAUGAUUGAGUCCAUUAAGCACAAUUUUGGGCGGAUUUAGUCCGGGUCAAUUUUUGACAGAUUCCAAAUGGGUACCAUCACAGAUUUCGGGCGAUUUUUCUGAAAUGCCAUUUUCUUUCGAUUCUGCAGGCUACAGAUCACGAAAUCAGGUCGAGGCUAUUCUCCACGGAUAAUGAAGUCUAUUGAUCCUAUUCUCCACGGAUGGUAAGUCCAUUAAGCACCGAUUUGUGCCAAUUUAUUUUCGGAUGACAUUUUCGUAAUUUUUUGGGCGAGGAAAUGUCAUUUUCUUUUGAUAUUGAAGUCUACCGAUCACAGAUUCGGCGGAGGCUAUUGUUCGACGAUGAUUGAUUCGAUUAAGCACAGCUUAUGGCGGAUUUAUUCCGGGUCAAUUUUUGGCAGAUUCCAAAGGGGUACUAUCAUAGAUUUCGGGAGAUUUUUCCGAAAUGCCAUUUUCUUUCGAUUCUGGAGGCUACAGAUCACGGAAUCAGGCCGAGGCUAUUCUCCACCGAUAAUGAAGUCUAUUGAUCCUAUUCUCCACGGAUGAUAAUUGCAUUAAGCACCGAUUUGGGCCAAUUUAUUUUAGGAUGGCAUUUUCGUAAUUUUUUGGGCGACGAAAAGCCAUUUUCUUUUGAUAUUGAAGGCUACAGAUCACGGAUUCGGCCUAAGGAUAUUUUUCAACAAUAAUUGAAUCCAUUAAGCACCGAUUUGGAGGGAUUUAUUCCGGGUCAAUUUUUUAAAGAAUCCAAAGGGGUACCAUCACAGAUUUCGUGCGAUUUUUCCAAAAUGCCAUUUUCUUUCGAAUCUAGAGGCUACAGAUAAUGGAAUCAGGUCGAGGCUAUUCUCCACCGAUAAUGAAGUAUAUUGAUCAUAUUCUCCACGGAUGAUAAGUCCAUUAAGCACCAAUUUGUGCCAAUCUAUUUUUGGAUGGCAAUUUCGUAAUUUUUUGUACAACGAAAGGCCAUUUUCUUUGGAAAUUGAAGGCUACAAAUCACGGAUUCGGCCUGAGGCUAUUUUUCAACAAUGAUUGAAUCCAUUAAGCACCUAUUUGGGUGGAUUUAUUCCGGGUCAAUUUUUGGAAGAUUCCAAAGGGUACCAUCACAGAUUUCGUCCGAUUUUUUCCGAAAUGCCAUUUUCUUUUGAAUAUGAAGGCUACAGAUAAUGGAAUCAGUUCGAGGCUAUUCUCCACCGAUAAUGAAGUCUAUUGAUCAUAUUCUCCACGGACGAUAAGUCCAUUAAGCACCGAUUUGUGUCAAUUUAUUUUUGGAUGGCAAUUUCGUAAUUUUUUGAACAACGAAAGGCCAUUUUCUUUGGAUACUGAAGGCUACAAAUCACGAAUUCGGCCUGAGGCUAUUUUUCAACAAUGAUUGAAUCCAUUAAGCACCAAUUGGGGUGGAUUUAUUACGGGUCAAUUUUUGGAAGAUUCCAAAAGGGUACCAUCACAGAUUUCGUGCGAUUUUUCCGAAAUGCCAUUUUCUUUCGAAUCUGGUGGCUACAGAUAAUGGAAUCAGGUCGAGGCUAUUCUCCACCGAUAAUGAAGUCUAUUGAUAAUAUUCUCCACGGAUGAUAAGUCCAUUAAGCACCGAUUUUUGCAAAUUUAUUAAUGGAUGGCAAUUUCGUAAUUUUUUGUACAACGAAAGGUCAUUUUAUUUGGAUAUUGAAGGCUACAAAUCACGGAUUCGCCCUGAGGCUAUUUUCAACAAUGAUUGAAUCCAUUAAGCACCAAUUUGAGUGGACUUAUUCCGGGACAAUUUUUGGCAGAUUCCAAAGGGGGUAACAUCAUAGAUUUCGUACGAUUUUUCCGAAAUGCAAUUUUCUUUCGAAUCUGGAGGCUACAGAUAACGAAAUCAGGCUGAUGGUAUUCUUCACCGAUAAUGAAGUCUAUUGAUCCUAUUCUCCACGGAUGAUAAGUCCAUUAAGUACCGAUUUUGCCAAUUUAUUUUCGGAUGUCAUUUUCGUAAUUUUUUUGGGCGACGAAAGGCCAUUUUCUUGGGAUAUUGAAGGCUACAGAACACGGAUUCGCCCUGAGGCUAUUCUUCAACUAUGAUUGAGUCCAUUAAGAACCGAUUUUGGCGGAUUUAGUCCAGGUCAAUUUUUGGCAGAUUCCAAAGGGGUACCAUCACAGAUUUUGGGAGAUUUUUCCGAAAUGCGAUUUUCUUUCGAUUCUGCACGUUACAGAUCACGAAUUCAGGCCGAGGCUAUACUACACGGAUAAUGAAGUAUAUUGAUCCUAUCCUAUUUUCGGAUGGCAUUUUCGUAAUUUUUUGGGUGACGAAAGGCCAUUUUCUUUGGAUAUUGAAGGCUACAGAUCACGGAUUCGCCCUGAGGCUAUUCUUCAACGAUGAUUGAGUCCAUUAAGCACCGAUUUGGGCGGAUUUAUUCCGGGUCAAUUUUUAGCAGAUUCCAAAGGGGUACCAUCACAGAUUUCAGGCGAUUUUUUCGAAAUGCCAUUUUCUUUCGAUUCUGGAGGCUACAGAUCACGGAAUCAGGCCGAGGCUAUUCUCAACCGAUAAUGAAGUCUAUUGAUCAUGUAGACAAACUGACUCAGCCUGACCCUCAGUUUCCGACAUGUCGGGACAAGUCAGUGGGUCUCUAGGAUAAAACUUACAACCCUACCACCAACAAUGUUUCAGAUCAGCACAUGUUCGAAAUUGCGAGAAAGUGGUUAAGAUCCAUACAUGCACCUCUUCCAACAACUCGAGUUAAGAUCCAUUCAUAGUCCUCUCUCAAUAACAUAACUAGUUGGUUUAUCAAACAAAUAAGUUAAAUGGUCAAGUAAAGUUCAAGAAUAUAGUUCUCUUCUCUGUUCUCAAGUUUCCUCACGGGUCAGUGCUGCUGUUAUUUGGGCAAGUUUAGGAUAGAUCCAAAAUUAAACGUGGACAAGGCACAAAAGUUGCUUCACAUCGUGACAGCUACGGCAGAAGAUGUCCACGUACACUAUAUAAAGCCCAUCUGAUCUUCAAAGCAAUUCUCGUCCCGAUCUGCAGAAAAGAAAAAUGUCUGUGUUUCAGCUGCAGUCCGACAACCAGUUCAUCCGAACCAACGAGGGAUCUCCGGACCUCCACGUGUUCGAGUACAUGGACGACCUGAACGCGUUCGACCUCAUCCACGUCAGCAGCUCCAGGUGGCGUUCCUCCAUCGCAGUGGGGCCCUCCGCGGCCGCGCUGUACAAGAAGCUGGAGGUCCACGGCGUGACGAUAGAGGGCAGCCAGCUGCAGGAGCUGGUCAAAGAUCUGACCUGGGUUGACCCGAACGGCCGGAGGCUCUUCCCGUCGGUCAACCGUCAAGGCCGCUGCCUCAUGUACGUCGGAUGCCAGCAGGUCACCCGGGUCAGGAUCAGCGACCAUUUCGGUUGGUCCAAGUACGGAGUCAAACCGGCCCAGAUCUCGGUGUGGCCCGUAUGGGGCAUGAUGGACGGCGCCGUUUUGGCCGUCCCUCGAGCGAGUCCUCGUCCUGGUCACGAUGAUGGUGAUCACGGGUACUUUUCGGUUGUGUGUGAGAGUUGGAAGAAGGUGAUGGAGGAGAAGGACAAGGUCAUCGAGGAGAAGAAUAAGCUGGUGGAGAAGGUCGAGUCGUUGUGGAAGAGGUCGCUUGAGGAGAAGGACAAAGUUAUCGCGGAGAAGGAGAAGGUGAUGGAGAAGAUGGAGGCGUUGCUGAGGAAGUCACUUGAAGAGAAGGAGAAGGAGGUUCUUUCUCUCAAGGAAACGUUGAUGGCCCUCAGUGAUGAAGUAUGAUUUGGCGUAUAGCCAUUCUAGUACUGGUUUCAUGUGUUGUAUAGGUUUGUUUGUGCACAUAUAUACUAUUGACGUACUUAUUAUGUUAUUUCUGUUAGGCAGUCUCACUUGAUCUAAGCCCAUCUUAUUGUAUUAUUAAUUAGCUAGCCCAUUAUUUUAUAUAUAUGAUGUCUUAUAUAUAUCGUAUUUCGGAUAAAAUGUAGGGUACGAUUGUUUACCCAUCCUCGUCGAAAAACGACAUACCUUAGUACGAAAAUAUGGUAAGGGCUGAAAUUGUAAGAGUGGAUAGCUCCAUUUUCUUGGUAGGAGUAGGCCAGUGCUCUAGGUUUCGGGGCAUAAUAAUAUACCCUAUCCUUAGAGUGAGUUCUAGGUUUAAAUUAUCCAAAUCAUAGAACCUAAACUCUAAGAUUAAAGGACGGAAGCUAUCAAGGUAAUAAAAAAUUCCACAUAUAAAGACAAUAGCAGAAUUAAUUUAAAAUCCCAAUAAUACAUUGCGUUAUACAUCGCAUUAUACAAUUGAACCUAAGACCUCGUAGUUACUAACUAACUUGCCAACCAAUAUGCUACUUGUAUUUCUUGUCCAUGCUAUCAAUAAUAUGGCUUUUAUAUUUGUUUUUUAUGUUUUAAUUUCUUCCAAAUACGGUGAUGAUGGAUGAAAUCUAACUUUGGGGAUUAGAUAGCGUCACAACCCCUACAGUGGUUGUGAUUUUUGCUUCCCCCUUCCUAGCCCUAGAUCCCCCUUCCUCUUGAUCUGACGGCCGAUAUGCACCAGGGGGAAAAAGGAGAAGCGCCGCACUGGAUCCGCUCACUCCACCCUCCACUCUUGAUAUGACAUCUUCGGGUUUGAAAGGGAAAGAUAUUCGGAGCGUAAUCAGCAACCUUCCCAGCCAAAAAAACGUUCGGUUGGUCAUCAUCCUACCAAUAAACUAUGAAUCCUCUUCAAUGUGCAGUGGUGGUCUUCUAAAUAAAAAAUAUUUUUUAUAUGUUAAAUAAGCAUACUUUUUAUAACAAGUUUUGAACUGACAUGAAACAAACUCUGAGAAACUGGGUGUGUGAUAGUCUUCUAUGUAUAGAAUUUCUUCCAAAUUACAAGUUGUGUUCAACUGCAAGACUUGCAACAUUUUGGAUUUUGUAUUUACUUCAAUUUGCAAACUCAAUACCAAAACAACAAGAAAAUACAUGUGGGUAUAGCUUCGUGAUUUAUUAGAUGUGUGCCAACUAUUUUAGUGGAUUGAAGUCUGAUUUCAGUAUCAAGUUAUUAAGUUGUGAGUAAUGUUUAAAUCCUUUAUCACUUCUUAAAAGAGUAUUUGUUGAGUUUGCAUCAAUAUGGUAUAGUUUUAUGUGAUGUAAGUGUCGUGUAUAGAGUAGAGUGAAGAUAAUAAUAAAGGAUCGAAUCUAAUCAAAAGUUACACAUAUAAAGACAGUAGCCAAUUUUCAAAUCGCGAUAGUAUAUAACGUUGUACAAAGAGAGAGAAAAGUCGAACAAGAAACUAAAUUAAAAAUAAUGCUAAAUAUAUAAAGGAGAAGCGGUAAGAGGCCUUUUAAAAGAUAAGUUUUACGAAAAGAAAGAAUUGAACCUAAGACCUCUCAGUUGCAAAAUAACUUGCCAACCAAUUUGCUACUUGUAUUAUUUGUUCAUGUUAUUAAAAAUAUAGCUUUUAUAUUUGUUUUUUUAUUUUAAUUUCUUUAAAAUACGGUGAUGAUUGGUGAAAUUUAACUUUGUCCCUGCCAAUACACUAUGAAUCCUCUCUAGUGUGGAGCGGUGGUCUUCUAAAUAAAAAAGUUUUUCAUAUGUUGAAUAUGCGUACUUUUUAUUAUAAGUUUUGUAGUGACGUGAAACAAACUCUGAGAAAUCGG